AUGAGCGGAGAUUUGAAGGAUCCUCAUAAGAGCAUUCCUCUGGGAGAGCUAUCAGCUGUCGCAGUGAGUUCGAGCGUCUGUUUCUUGUUCAUUAUGAUCCUUGGAGCAACUGGUGAUCGACUAAGCCUGAUCUGCGAUAGCCUUAUUUCCGAAAAGGUAGCAUUGACCGGAUUUCUGUUCAUGAUUGGUCUUUACAUCUGUUCGCUUUCGUCCACGAUUGGAGCACUUCUUGGCACUCCUCGUGUGCUCCAAGGAAUCGCUGCCGAAGGGAUUAUACCGCUCCUGAAUCCAUUAGCGCAAGGCUCCGGACCGAACAAAAAUCCCGUACUAGCUGGAAUCGUGUUGAUGGCUGUAGCGUCAGUGUUUGUGCUGCUCGGAGAUCUUAACCAGCUCGCUAUUCUAUCAACUAUGCCAUUUUUGAUUACCUAUGCGUUUGUGAACUACGCAUACGUUUCGUUGGCAAUGAGCUACGAUUUGCUUACCAUCACUCAUGCAGCGUAAGU